GUCGUAGACACUGCAACCCAGGUGAGACAGUCAAUCUCCAGCGAAGCACGGGAUAGGAGAGAAUUUUUGCUGCUGCUCGACCGGUCGCUAACAUACUCAACUGAGGUUACUUUUUCUUUCUGUUCAAAGGACCUUCGAACUAGUUCCUUUUUGUCGUAGUUCGGGAAAAACUCUCGGGAAAAAAAGCUCGCGAAGCGUGUCUUUACGAAAAAUUUUUCACAGAGUGUGUGCUUUUUUUUUGUAUUCGACGGUGUGCGCUGGAAGAGAGAUGGUCUUCAGAGUCACAGACCAAAGCAAAUCACAAACUCGUCACAGUAUCUUUUAAGCCGUGCGACGCGCAACAAUUGCAAGAAGCUUUUCCCGAUCUCCAUCAAUGCCGUCGUCCAGAUGAGAUCAAGGAAGACCCUCUUGAGCUAAAGAUUUGUGACCACAAGUGAUCCUUUGACUCCGAUGGGCGGUAGUUUGGUGAAAAAGGUGCCCAGUAACAAUCAGGUAGUGAUUACCGUGGAAGGCGGAAACAAAGUUGGGUGAUUUGUUUGCCAAUAUUUGAUGUAAAAGGCAAGUGACUAAUAGGGUGUGAUGAUUUUUUUUAUGGUAAUUUAUUUUUUUUAAUAGAUUUGUGAAAAAAGAAAAUCAUGUGGCGAACCCAUGUUGUUCAAACAUCCUUUUGUGACACUCUUGUCGCGAUAACACGUCUCAUCUAUUGACAUUGGCUUUCAAAGUUUCCCCAUCCGCGACACAGACUCUAGGCUAGAGCAAGAAUAUUUUCCCAAUAACAAAACGCUUAAGCUCCCAGUAUUAUCACCCAAUACCACAAAAAGAAAAAAAAAACACAAAGUGGAUCGACUAAGAAACUCGUGUUAAAAUGGAUUUAUCAGUUUUAGUAUUUAUAUAUUUAAUGGCAAUCUGCACAUGUUCAGAAGUUGAGAGUAAGCACAAGCCAGGACGUGGACGAGGCUCAAUGUGGUGGGGCAUUGCCAAAGUUGGUGAACCCAACAACCUCUCCCCUCUAAACUCCAAGAUCCUGUAUAUGGAUCCUGCGAUACACUCCACCCUGCGCCGAAAACAGAGGCGUCUGGUGAGAGAGAAUCCAGGAGUCCUGGGAGCCCUGGUGCGUGGUGCAAACAUGGCCAUUGCCGAGUGUCAGCAUCAAUUCCGACAUCGACGGUGGAAUUGUUCAACGCGAAACUUCCUCCGUGGGAAGAAUCUGUUCGGAAAGAUUGUGGACCGAGGUUGCCGAGAGACGGCCUUCAUCUAUGCCAUCACGAGUGCCGCGGUGACACAUUCGAUUGCUAAGGCGUGCAGUGAGGGUACAAUUGAGUCCUGCACGUGUGACUACAGUCAUCAGUCCAAGGUACCCGUCUGGGAAUGGGGCGGAUGCUCAGACAACAUCGGAUUUGGCAUCAAAUUCGCAAGGGAGUUUGUCGAUACGGGCGAAAGGGGGAGGAAUUUCCGCGAGAAGAUGAAUCUGCACAACAAUGAGGCUGGAAGAGCGCACGUUCAAGCCGAAAUGCGGAAGGAGUGCAAGUGCCAUGGGAUGUCAGGAUCUUGUACGGUUAAAACCUGUUGGAUGCGUCUGCCGAACUUCCGGGUUGUUGGAGACAACCUCAAGGAUCGUUUCGACGGAGCAUCCAGGGUAAUGGUCAGUAAUAGUUUGCGAGGUAGCGGAGGAGCCAACGAGAAUGCCAUCAAGGUUCAUAGUUCCAGCAAUGCCCUCCAAGUGAGUCAUACAUCCACCAGUCCCAACAGUAUCUCCAGCAAUUCUGUGCACGUGCGAGGACAUCAGCAGCAGCAGAAGCGGUACAACAGGUACCACUUUCAGUUGAAGCCCUACAACCCUGAGCACAAACCGCCUGGGGUUAUGGACUUGGUGUACCUGGAACCAUCUCCUGGAUUCUGCGAACGCAACCCUAGGCUUGGGAUCCAGGGUACUCAUGGACGCCAGUGCAACGAUACGUCGAUUGGGGUGGAUGGAUGUGACCUGAUGUGCUGUGGACGUGGAUAUCGCACUCAGGAGGUCACAGUAGUGGAAAGAUGCGCCUGCAUGUUCCACUGGUGUUGUGAGGUGAAGUGCAAACUGUGUCGAAUACAGAAGACCAUCCACACGUGCCUAUAGGUGAGCUCCUAAGCCCCUAUUCUUAAUUUUAUCCAGUCACUCGAGAAUGUUUCCCCGUGGAAAAGUGUGUGAGAUGAAGUAAGAAUUAUUUUGAGCCAAAUGUUCUCUGUUUUUUUUUGAUAAAUUAUUUUAUUAUUAACUCGCUUAAUUUAUUCUUUUUUAUAAAGUCAAAAUAUUUUUGCAAAUUGAAAGAGAAAAACAGUAUUAGAGACUUCAUUUCUCUGAAUAAAAUCCUUCUUGUCUAGACUUUUGCUUAUACAAACUAUUUUUUUUUUCAAAAUGCCGUACUAAUAUCAGAAUUAUUUCGUAGUGUUUUGUUAGUUGUGACUCGUAGAGGAUGAAAAAAAAUUGAAAUGAUCAAUAAAAGACUGAUUUUCCAGUUUAAAUUAUAAUUUUUUAAAAAAGAAAUUUCUAAAAUGCUUUUUUUUCUUUGAGCGAAAGAAAAAUACGCAAAAUGAAUUAUGUUCUGUAAUCUUUGAAGUAAUAGUGAAAAAGAUAAGAUUUGUAAAUAAGAAAUAAUAUUUUUUUAGGGAGUAAAUAUUGAAAAAAAAAAUCAAAAGAUUAAUUAUUUGAAAAUAUUUUUCAUUGAUGUCUGAGAGUAGGAAAGUGUUGUAAUUUAUUAGAAAUUUGAAAAAUAUAAAAAUAAGAAAAUAUUAACAAUUAUUUUUUUUAGAAUGAAGAUGAUAAAGAAAUUACUUUGAAGAAAAUUCCUGUAAAUACCGAUUUAUCUGUAAGAUCUUAAAAUGCAUCUAAUAAGUAGGACAUUUUUUCAAAUUACAAAUUUUCACGCAUGUAAAGAAGAAGAAAAUAAAAUUUUAUCAAGUACUUAAAA